AUGCUCCAGCCCAAAGCUGUUGCGAUGUCAGUGUUCAACCGAAGCUGGCACACUUGCAGAUCGCCGGUGCAAACAGUCGCAGUAGUAAUUGUCAGCCUGACAACAUGCAGUGCGCAGGUGGUAGCCAUAGGAGGUGGGGCAGGUUUCCUCAUCGUUCCUGACAGUGAGGGGUAUCUGCUGGCGAUGGUUACCAAGGUACACUGUUCUCUGAAAUGGUUGCCCUUGCGCAGUUACAAUGCCAGCUGUCAUCACCAGUUUCUAGUGCCUUCCUGGAACGGCCCUGCUUGCUGCCUGUUUGCUCGGAGCCCCAGGCGUGUUGGCUUCGACGCAGUUGGGUGGUCUGCACUUCAUUGUGCAAGCAGUCGUUGCCAAUGGACCCUGCAGUCAAGUGACAUGAUGCAGUUGUGGGGAGCAUUCAGUCAGGCACUGCUGGGAAUGGACAAGUACAUUCCCAGAUACAGAGUCAGCAUUUACUGA